AUGUGGUCAUCAGAGAGCAUCAGAGUCAUGUGGUCAGCAGAGAGCAUCAGAGUCAUGUGGUCAUCAGAGAGCAUCAGAGUCAUGUGGUCAUCAGAGAGCAUCAGAGUCAUGUGGUCAUCAGAGAGCAUCAGAGUCAUGUGGUCAUCAGAGAGCAUCAGAGUCAUGUGGUCAUCAGAGAGCAUCAGAGUCAUGUGGUCAUCAGAGAGCAUCAGAGUCAUGUGGUCAUCAGAGAGCAUCAGAGUCAUGUGGUCAUCAGAGAGCAUCAGAGUCAUGUGGUCAUCAGAGAGCAUCAGAGUCAUGUGGUCAUCAGAGAGCAUCAGAGUCAUGUGGUCAUCAGAGAGCAUCAGAGUCAUGUGGUCAUCAGAGAGCAUCAGAGUCAUGUGGUCGGACCAGCUGCACAGCGCAGUGCUCUCGAAUCUGCAACCCAAAACCACCUACUACUAUCGCAUCGCAGGGAAGGGGCCAGAACGGUCCUUUGUAACUCCGCUCACCGAUGCUGCUGCUGACGUCAGCAUCGCUGUUGUUGGUGACAUUGGUCUGUCCAAGGCAGCCCGCACCACCAUCUCUCGUCUCGCCCAGCAACCCCACUCCCUCACCCUCGUCCCGGGAGAUCUCUCCUACGCCAACGGUGUCCAAUCCGUGUGGGACAGGUGGCAGUCUCUGAUUGAACCAGACGCCAGCACACACCCUUGGAUGGUCGUGCCGGGAAACCACGAAGCCGAGGCACUUAGCGCGAUCAGCCCGAAGGACUUCGAGUGGCCUGCGUUUCUUAAGCGAUCCGCUUUGCUAAACAGCGGUGCUUUUCUGGCAUAUAAGAAGCGGUGGGAGAUGCCUUCUGCUGCCAGCGGGUCGCCUUCUAAGCUGUAUUACUCGUUUGAGGUGGCAGGGGCGCAUAUCAUCGUGCUCUCCUGCUACUCACCCUUCGGUCCUGACUCUGAACAGCGGAAGUGGCUGAAGAGUGAUUUGUCAGCCGUCGAUCGCUCGAGAACCCCCUGGCUCAUAGCAUCGCUGCACGAGCCCUGGUAUCACUCUAACAGCGACCACCAGACAGAUGGGCAGGCCAUGCGGAAGGCCCUGGAACAGACGCUGUACGCCGCCCGGGUUGACAUGCUGAUCACCGGCCACGUGCAUGCGUACGAACGCACGACCCGCGUGUACAAUGGCCAGGAGGACCCCUGUGGGAUCAUGCACAUCACCGUUGGGAGCGGCGGGAAGGAUCUAUACCCUAGCUUCGUCUCCCCCAAGCCGGCGUGGUCAGCCUUUCGUGAAGCUGCCUUCGGCUUUGCUCUCUUCAAGAUCGAUGGCAGUGCAGCAGGGGAGGCGGAUUGGGAGUGGCACAAAAACGACGAUUCCCCCGCUGUUGCUGCCGACUCUGCACGCCUUGUCAGCCUUUCCAGUGCCUCUGCUCCUGCUGAGUGCCGGCCAGCAUGA